AUGAACGGGUCUCUGGUAAUGCUUAAAGCGCUUAAUAUUUUACAACAACAGAACAACCCUACGUCGCCUAGUGUUUUGUUAUUCAUAUUCCGACAAUUAUUAUUAGAAUGUAUUUGUUUCCUUUUUUGUUUAUAUUAUUCAAAAAAGAGACUGUCACGGAAGUAUACAAAUGGAAAUAUUUUGGCACUAUAAAAGUUUAUCUUAUAUUUUAACAAAUCCAAAUGGAUAAGAACAUAGCAGGCCGUCAUCAACUAUUUGCGUAUACGCAUUUUGUUCUUUUGGCGUUCGCCAUUACAUGGUCCAAAGCCAAAGAAUGUGGACAAAGCACUUCAUCUAAAAUAUGCUGUUCUGGCUAUAGAGAAAUCAAUGGAACUUGUAGAGAAUGCAUCGGAUAUUAUGGAAAAGACUGCGGUGAUCCUUGUCCAACUGGUUUGUAUGGGAAGAGAUGUGCCGAGUCAUGUGAAUGUUCUGUAAACGAGACUUGUAAUCAGUUUGUUGGGUGUAUGCCAAAGCCCGCGUUUGAGUCAAAAUACAGAAAAUCAGUUCACUUUGAGAGUUGUUUUUCCUUAUACCUGUCAGUCAUUGCUCUGACUGCAUCUCAGAUAGUAACGUUGAUUUGCUGUUUGAAAACACUGCGAUGGAAGGGUUGUAGCCUCUCGGCAAAGCAAACCGAACGAUCUACUGGGCUCAGCACAGGUAUGACUCUGAGUCAAACCAACAUUGGUAUGAGUGAAGCUAGGAACGAAUCGUCAAGACAUCUUGGGAUUUCAUGUGAGGAGGAAAUUACCAAUGGUCUCCAUUGUCAUACAGACCGAUACCAAAAUAUUUUGGAAUGUCCAUCGGAUAUACAUGUGUAUGACACCUUUGAAACAGCAGAUCGAAUUAAAAAAGCUUGAUGAACGCAAUUGCAAUAUCUCAAAAUCAAUGUACCGACGUUGUUCUAGAUUUUUUAGAGUUGAACUCUUAAAACACCGAUAAAUUUCCUCUUAAGCCCUGUCACACUGUCACGAUUUAUACUACGAUUGCCUACGAAUUACUAGAAGUUAAAAAUCGUCAUUAUUCGCCAGAUCAAUCUUGCGAUAAUUCUACAGACGGUGCUUUUUUCGAAUCUAGUAUGGCUCGACUACGAUGUCUGCUCGACAAUGUACGAUGUUUGUGCGAUAACAUGACGAGUUCAGGAAAUUCAUGUACAAAUUUCGGCGAUUAAGUAACGAACACUUUAAGAUCUUUCUAUGAGCAGGUUGAAUUGAAAACGAUUUGAUACGAUACUCUUACAAAUGAGUACGAAAUUGUACGAUAAUUGAUACACGAUGUUAUCACGAAUAAAUAUGAGUUUUCACGAUUCUAAAUCAGGUGUGUUAAUUAAUAAAGUGAUAUUUAAACAAUUUAAAGAUUACAUUUUUGCAUAAAAUGUUUACCUUGAAAUUUUUUUGAAUUUCAAACAUAAGAUGAAUAAUGCAAUGAGAGUACACGUAAGAGUAAUUUUGUGAUUUAAGAUUACCAACAAAAUACAUAUUGUGACAAUAUUUGCAAUUGUAAUUACUGAACAAUAUACUUCGUAAUCAAAAAAGAAUAUUAUUGCGAAACACUAGCUAGUCUCGUAUUUUCGUACUAACUUAUAAUUCACUCGCAAGGUUCUAGCCGCUGAUCGCCUGUUUCCGUAUUGUAUUAGCAUCAAAUCGAACUACAUUCGCAUUCACUCGUAGGGCACUCGGGGAAGACUCGAGCACCCAAUUGCAUGAACUCGUAGAAAACUAGGAAUAGAUAAUUGAAUAUUCGUAGCAUCGUGAGUACUACGAAGUUUGGCGAGUUUUUUUUUUACUAAUACCGAAGAUUGAUUUCAGUGCAAAUGUCGUGCGAAAGUCUACGAUUACUUAAAAAUAGUACUGUGGGCACGAUUGUUUUGAACAUGCCCAAAACAAUCGCCGCGUUUUUCUAUUUACGGAGAUGAAGAGAACCUACGACUAUCUCUACGAUGAAGUCCGAAUAAGAGCGAUAAAUGAACUCGUACACUAUCGUAGCUCAAAAUUGUGACAGUGUGAGACAUGGGCUUAAUAGAGCAUAAAAAUAUAACAUAGAAGCUUAAUGGUUUAACAACAAAAUACUAGCCAAGUUAAUGAUUUUACACUGAAAAUUAUAUUAGUUGAGAAAAGCAGAAAAAAAUCUAUUGAUGAACACGUAUAAAAAUUAUCCAAACUUUGUUAUUGAGUAAUUAGAUAUGAAUACUUAUAGUUUGAAAAAAAAUGUCAUAACUUCAUAACCUUCUAUUGUGAUGAAGUCGGAUGAACCUCACGUUCAUUCGUCAUUUAAAGUUGUUUUUCACUAGCAGAGGACUUUCAAAAGACAUGACGUUAAAAACGUCAGAAAAAGCGACGUAGGCAUAGCGCACGUUACAGCACGCCCUCAUAGAAUUCUGUUUCGACUGAGGUCAGAUAUUGAUAGAAACAAAACAAACGAUGGAGGAAGCAGGAAAAACAUCGAAUAAAUAGUUUUGCAAGUGAAACAAUGAUUUUUAUGGAGCGCGCGGUUGUCCUCUCAAGCCAGUCGUUGAAUGCAGCAUAAUUCUCUCGGGUAUUCCAAAUAUUACGUCGUUAUAGAAACUUUGUUAUAACUGAAUGUCAGACUGGGCCGUGUGGCCUGUAUAGGCAAUGGAUAUACAAUAAUAACUCCAAUGUAAAAGGGCACAUUGCUCUAAUUUUUAUACAUAUACAUUAUCAUGCUCUCUAUUUAUUGACAAUUUUCUGAAAAAGGCGCCGUUAUUUUUAGCUGGAUAUAAUUGAUAGUGACGAAUGAAAGCUUUCAUCACCUACCGAUAUUGUUUGGACAAUAAGGUCAGACUAUUCAAGAGGGAUGGUUUUAUGAUACCAAUAUAUGGACGUCACGUGGUCUACGAUGUAUAACUAAAUCAUUUAAUUAAAAUGCAUUAAGUUGGAAAGAGUGAUGGAUUACAAAGAUUAUUUUUUACAUAUGGAAUUUAACAUUAGAUUACACGUUUUGCCUGUGACGUAUUUGAUCAGAUUAAUGACGAAUUAUGGAAACAAAUUUUACUUCCUCCAGCUCCGAAGAGGUUCCAAAAUUGAAAAAAAUUUUUUUUGGUUUUUUCAUUUAUAGCUAUUUGAAAUGCCUAUGUGAUUUAAUAAUAUAAGGUUAUUAAAACUCUUUUGUUAUUUAUGAACAUUAAUAUCAUUCAUGAUAACAUAAAAUGAGACUGUAUCUACCGGGUGAAAACAUAUUCGAUUGGCACAUCAGAUAGAUUGUGAUUUUAUAUAAUUUUAAAAGCUACCGUGAAGAAAACAAAAAGGGACAAAACAGUUAAAUUAUAUAUGUCAGUAGAAGUUGUUUUGGAAAGUUGUAAUUUUAUUUUCAUUUCUUUUUUUGUCGGUAUUAUAUACUGUUUAGCUUUUAUUAUUUAAAAAUCUAUUUGCAUAAAUAUUUUCAUUUUUUUCGAUGUCCACAUUGAUACAAUGUUUGUAGACAAACAUUUUCUAUAGAACACGACAACCUGGUCUGAUUCGAUUAGCAAAAAAAAUUUGCAUUUAUAAUUCUCUAUAACCGAUAUCGUAUGGAUCAGAGUAAAUUAAAUAAAAGACUUAUAUUGUUGUGGACGUGAGCAAUGUGAUCCAUAUGCUUAUUUUAUAAUUUUGUUCCAAUUAAACUACCGCAUGUUAACAUAUUUCAGCGUUUUAUGUACUUAAAAUAACAGGAUUUGCAUUAGGAAAGAAUAAUGUUUUUAACGUCAUUAAUAAUUGAACACGAAACGUAGUACAGUAAUUAUACCUUUCUCUAGACGUGCCGUCAUAUAAAAAAAAUAUAUUGCCUCUCUGCACAAGCAUUGACAUUAGGUACUAAAUAAAAUAAGUAUAAGCGAUAAAUAAUGUACUAAGAGGAAUAGUUACCUCCCUUUGCUGGAUACUUUAGGUACUGAGAAUAAUGACAAUUAUUUCCGUAGCAGAUACUUUAGAAUUACAAGUCCGCAUUCUGCAAUUAUACUCAAGGUACUAAUUGGAGUAGAACAUUUUCCUCUGAUAAGUACACUUGGUACGAAGAGGAGUGAAUUCUUUUUCUCUUUAGACUACUUUAGGUUCUAAGAGGAGUGUCAACUAUUUCCUUGAAAGGUGCUUUUAGAACUAAAAAAAAUUUUGAUAAUGACACCGCCAUGACACAAUAUAAUUUUUCAAAUAUAUAAGUGAUUUUUAUUUUAAUUAUCCAAGUGACACGAUUUUGAAAGUCGUUUAUAUAUUCUGAGUACGUUGUUUUUGGAUCCCUAAUUUUAAAGGGAGUGGUCCUCUUGACAAUUUUAAUUUUCACCAUAAAAUAUGUAAUUAUGACUAGCCAUAAAGCAUAUUGUCAUUGUUUGAAUUAAAAAUUAACAGAGGGAGAGAAGACCAAAUCAAGAAAUUGUUCAUCAUUCGAAAGCUUAUUUAGAAAACUUAACAAGCAUUUCUAUUCUUUUGAUUGUUUGGGGGUAAAAAUAUUAGAACUGUCUACCAUUUUCCCAUACAUACAGAACUGUUUGAAGCAUAUAUCGAACUGACAUGUAAAACACUGCCUUUGAAUUUCCUUGUUUAUAUACCUGAGACAGUCUGACUUUGAAGGAUAUCAGUACUGUAACCACUGGUAUUGGUCUGAUAAUAAGGAGCUCACAAUCAAACUGUCAAGGUAAAAUUUUUAACAACUGGAACAAAUGAAUGACAUUACAGCAAUGUUUUAAUGUCUUAUAUAAUCUCAAUCAGUUGGAUGAAAUAUUGAUAUAAGGAAAGGGAUACUUUAAAUUUUGAAUCUUUUCAACAGUUCCUUUUGGAGAAACCUUCUUUUCAAUAAUCGAUUUAAUUAAAACAUCUACACAUUUGUAUGUGUAAGAUAACGACACAUAUCAUUUUGAUAUGAAUCUUAGGUAAGGUUUGCGGUUACAGGAAGAUAACUCACAUAUUUUCAUUGUGACGUAACACUAACUACCCUUUAUUUCAGAUAUGAUGUCAAGAUUUUUAUGUCGUAAUAAUUGAUUUCCUUUUUAUUAUUUCUCGGGGUUUUGUACUUUAUAAUAGAAAAGUAACAGGUCACAAGUAUUUUAUCAAUUUCCACAAAAUCGAAGUCUACAAUAUGUCGUUUUAUAUAGUGAUUUAGGAACAUCAAAUUACUCUUGUACUAGGAUAGGUAAGUUUCAAAUUAAAUAUUUUAAUUUACAUUAUAAAUUUUUGAAUUUUCUUGUAUAUUAUUCUAUUUUUAAAUAGUUCAUUCUAAAUUAAAAGAAUCAUGAAAUAAAUUGUGACAUUAUUUUCAAUAAUUUAAGCAAAAAUAGCUCCCGUUAUAGUCACAUAUUAUGUACACAUUUUUACUAAAUUACUUAUAUUUCGUUAAAAGGACAGUUUGAAAUCAUGAACUUUGAAAUUGUAACUAUAAAACCGGCCCCGCAAAAUUAUUCAAAAUAGACUAAAGUAUAGUGAACAAAUGGCAUUCAAUACACAUUUACAUGGUAAUAAAUGUUGCAAUAAUAACAUAAUAUAUAAAUGUCAUUUAAUGAUUCUUUUCAAGGAUAUAAUUUCGGAAAAGAACACAAUGUUGUGUUUUGUUAAUAUCAGUUACUAUAUCAGACCCGAAAAUAAAAAAAAAAAAUCACUUGCUUUAGAUAACAUCCUUAGAACAAAGAUAAAAAUCUGGUUUUUAGGGAAAAACCAGAUUGCUUCCAGUCAUAUCCCACACCGUUAAAGGAAACCUGACUUGCUGAUACAAGGUUCAAAUAAAUCUGGGCAAUAUUUUAUUUUUAAAAAUUUUCAUUGAAAUUGAAUUACAUAAAUUCCAUUGUGGUUUAUUUAUGUAACUGGCAAAGAUUUACACAGUUAUACAACAUUUUAUUGACAGAUUUAUUAAAAUUUGAUCCUAAUAAUAUUAAAUAAAAGUUUCCUCUUGGUGAAACCUCCGAUUUCUUUUGAUGUGAAUUCCUUCUUUAAAAACAUAUUAAUCUGAUGUCAAACUAUAUCUACAUCACACACACACGGACAUAUAAACCAAUGAAGAUGAAUAUGGUAGGCCUUUAUCCGCUGUAUACAUAUAUAUGUUUGAUUCUAUUGAUAAUGUUUAUUGAGUUAUACAGAACGAGAAAAUGCGGAGAGAAUAAGUAAGUGAACACAUGUUGUAUGAUUUUUUGUGUGUCAACAACUAUGUAAAAAGAAUAAAUUAUAUGUUUGACUUAAAGUUUGUAAUUCAACCCUUUCUUCAAAAAGAAUUUUUUUAAACUAUGGGAUCUAUUCAGAAAAUAUUUUCUUUACUCACUUUGUAUUGCAGAUGCUGUUCUGACUCUGGGAAUAUAAAUGGAAUAUGUACAGGUAUAUUUUAAAAAAUGAAAAUUUAUUUAUUAUCAUUCAAAUGUAAAUAAUGUUUGAAUUGGGAGUUCGUCAUUUUGUGUAUAUGGAAAGAAUGCAUUGGGUUCUAUAGUGAAAAAUGUAGUGCACUAUGUAACUGCUCAGAAAACGAUAUUUCUAAUCAGUUUGUUGGCUGUAUAUCAAACUUCACGUGUGGUAAGAUUUUAUAAAUAUACUCUAUAUACAAGAUUAUAUAGUUAUUUAGAUUGUCUUUUUGUUCUUUAUUUGGGUGUUUUGAUUUUUAUAUCAAUUUAUUUUAUCUUUCUAUAAUCACAAAAGCUUAAUUUGUCAUUUUGAAUUGCACUCACUUUUUAAAAUUUUCAAUGAGUUAAUUAUAUGUUGGGAGUUCAAAACAAUUAUCAAAGUUAUCUAUGUAAAGAACUGUAAGAUACAUAGAAAACAUAAAUAAAGCUUAUAUUUUGAUGAUUUUGCCAGUCAAUCAUAAUUAAUUAAAACCUGUUUACUUUAAUGUAUGUAAAAGAAUUUUGAUAAUAUUAGUUUCGUUUAACUUUAAUAAUUUUUCUUCAUGUUAUAAUCGCUAACGAAGUAAGGAAAUAAAGAUUUCAGGAAAGAUACCUGAAAUGUAAUAUUUGUUGCUAGUACAUGUAUGUUGCUUAAUAUCUUUAUCUAUCUGUAAACUACAUCAAUCUUAAAUUGUCAGCUUUGAAGCUCAAACAGAAACGUUAAUUUUUGUUAAACAAAUAUUCCUUUAAUGUGUUUCCAUAUACUCAUCAUGCAAUUUUAUCAGUUCACA